CACAGACAGGGAAGAAGCAGCGGGAAUACAGGGACGCUGCGCGAAUACUUAUAAAGUUAUAUGUAUGUAUAGUUUCAAAUUUCCUGUCAAUUUCAAGGGCUUUGGAUACAGUUUCAGGGACCUCGGGGGCUUUCUCCUCCGAGUUAAGUGCAGCCUCUCAAACAACGCUAGCUAGCAUCACCACAAGUGUUGAAUCAGAUUAUCAGAUACAUCCGCCGCUCUCUUCCACAGUAAAUAUUUCCGCUGCCAUAAGUGAGCGGUGUUGUUCCGUCGGAUACAGUAACCCAGAUAUUAAUGUUUUCACUGUUUGGUCAGUUGCUGUUAGCCGUUACUGUAACGUUGAGCCCCAGCUCGUCGUCUCUGGUGCCCUGCUCUGCUUGUGAUGGCGUGGCAGUAGCUGCUGCUUUGUCUGUGUGCAAACACGGAUGUUACUCUCCUCACCCUCUCAGAGUCACCUCAAAGAAGCAGAGGGGGAUAAACACCGUGUAACAUUCUCCACAGAGCCAGUGACAGUCAGCUGACACCACCUCACAGCCUCUUGCCCAGGUGUUGGACCGGUGAGCCGCAAACUGAACAUGGAAGAUGAGCUGUUCGACCAGGUCGUGUCCGUGUUUAACAAGCUGGUGUCGUGGGUCGCUGCUGGUGCCAUGGUGUUCGGUGGAGUGGUGCCCUACAUUCCCCAGUACAGAGACAUCCGCCGGACCCAGAAUGCAGAGGGGUUCUCCACCUAUGUGUGCCUGGUCCUCCUGGUGGCUAACAUCCUACGAAUACUCUUCAGAUUUGGCCGCUACUUCGAGACGCUCCUGCUGUGGCAGAGCAUCAUCAUGAUCGCCACCAUGCUUAUCAUGCUGAACCUGUGCACCAGCGUCCGCAUGACCACCGAACUGAACACCAAGAGACGCUCCUUCCUAGCAACAGACAGUAAGGACGAAGAGGUCAGAAUCCCUAAGAGGCUCUUUCUGGACUUUGACUGGAACUACUUCUGGUCAUGGAGUCGCUUCGUGGACUACGUGCAGUGCGUGCUGGCCUUCACGUUGCUGGCGGCCUACAUCACCUACCUCCUCCUGGACUCGGCGCUGUUCGUGGAGACUCUGGGAUUCCUGGCUGUCUUCGCCGAGGCAAUGCUGGGCACACCGCAGCUCUACUGCAACUAUCAGAACAAAUCCACAGAGGGCAUGAGUAUCAAGAUGGUGCUGAUGUGGACCAGCGGCGACACCUUUAAAACGGGCUAUUUCCUGAUCACCCAGGCUCCCGUACAGUUCUGGACAUGUGGCCUGCUGCAGGUCAUCGUGGAUGUCGCCAUCCUGUUCCAGGUUUACUAUUACAGCCGCUACCCGCAGAAACCUGUCUCCCACACUGUCUCCCAUACCACCAGUGCCAAAGCCCUCUGAGAGCUGCUGCGGGCUCUCGGAGGACACUCAAAGCAGCAGUGUGGAAGCCUGUUUAGAGGAGCCGCGGACAUGUAUAAACAUACAUGAAUACCAAAGCACCCUGAGAUGAUACAGGCAGCUCACUGUCGCCUCUGAGUAUACAUGAAGACACAUACACACCCAUAAAUAAGGCAUGAACAUACACAGACACUUAGUGGUGUCUGUGGCGAUACCUGAAGGACACUUGUUCUACACAAACUGACCUUUUUGUUUUAUUUAUUCUCCUAUUGACUUCUUCUCAAUGCAACAGUAUGCUUGUGUCAUGAAAUGCAGACUUCUCAAAGAAUAUAUCCUUGAAUGAACCAGUGCAUGUGGAGAAUAUUAUGCACAUACAUGAAUAUACAGUAUAUAUAAACUGCAGAUGUAUGCACUGAAAUCUAUGCUCAAGGAAACGUGGACCAAUUUUUUUUUUUUUUUUUUUGUCCACAUAUGCUGAUGAUUGUUGCAUGGACCCUCUGCCUUAAAACACACACAUUCAGACAUGACUUGCUGCAUUACCAGCAACAUAAAUGUAUGAAUCAAUCAAAAAAAAAAAAAAAAAAUCUUUACAUACGUUACCGAAUGUACAAAAUGGCAUUUGUUAUUCAGUUGUUUUCCCCAACACAGUGGAGAAAUGCUGGUCAGUCUACCGCUUGUUGGACAGAUGGUCACCAUGUGCUGUGACACACAGGCUCAAUCCUUGUGGGAUAAAACUGUAACAAACUAGAGGCAAUCAAACUUUACCAAAAGAAGAAAAAUCCCAAAGGUUUGGAGAUGCAGUGCACUGGCAUCUAAACGGCAAUUCUUCACAAACAUUAGUGGCCUUCGGACUAACGGAGAGAGGAGAAGAAAGAAAUUUGGAGACUUAAGGGCAAUCUUCGGUCUGAAGCCAGUGUUGCUGUUGAGCUGUAGGAAACAUUGUGAAACAUUGUGAAACAUCAUCAUCGUCAUGGCCAGUGUUUGCCCUUCAUGGGUUGUCGAAAAGCUAAUGCCAACAAUUUUGUACUGAAGCUGUUGUUGACGUUUUGUAUAUGAUUUUGAUCAUUUUAAUGCCACAAAUUCCUGAAACCCCCACAGGAAUCAGUUUAGAUCCCAGGUGCCUGGAUUCUUAAGAAUCACUCAGAUUGAACAGGAAGUGAACUUUAGACAAGGCACAAUUGCAUCUACUGUCAUUGAGGCAUGUACAUGGAGAUUUACUCUGGGACAAAGACAAGUCUUCAUGAGUUGAAAAUGUGUUUAAGCCAAUUUCAGCCAAACCACUCCAUUAGGUACAGGGACCAGAGGAAGAAAAGGAGGAAAGCCUGGAGUAAAUAGUUCUGCGAUCAGAGAUGCACAAACACAACACAGACACACUCCAUGUGUUCAUACACACUUGCUGUGUAGGCUGUUAGCUAGUUAUAGCUGAUGUUUGUACUGUCAGUGUUAUAAAGUCUGUUCUAGGGCAAAUGGAGAGGUAUUACAAAAACACUCCAGUGGUCAUUUAGGAUGAAAUAGCAUUUAUACCACAGGAUCAUCCAUGCAAAGUCAAGGAAGUGAUUCUCAUAAGUUAGCUUUUCAUUAAAAUACAACUCCGCUUUAUUACAACAUUGCUGCAUUUAUGUAAUGUUGGCAGAAUGCGAAGAACAGAAAAUCAGUUAUCAGUGUAGAGGUUAUCCAUGUAGUCACAUGAUUUCAAAGAGCCUAAGUUAGCUGCAUUUGUUUUUACUGCAAGUAGGAACUGGCAAAAAUUUCCAAAGUUUCUGAUUCAGAAUUUCAACUUUCAACUGACGUUUUGCCCAUCUAGCUGCUCAGAUAUACAGUCUGAACAACAUGAGGUAGAAGUGGCAUUAUUUUUCACAUUUUGGGCAUUUGUAAUUAUAACAUUAUACUCAGUUAAUUGCUGAAAUCCAGGAGUGCAGCAACAAAAGAAGUCUCAGCAAUUAGCAAGACAAAAAUGUAGGUUAUGCUUUCUCUGCGCCAGAUUGAAUUGUUUCUUCUGGUUAGAAGUUAGCGCUUUUUUCAGGGUGCCGUGUUUUUUUGUUUUGUUCGUAUGCACCUCAACUAAAAAGCGUCAAACGUUGAAAAAACUACAGAUAAUUCUAAAACAUCUACAGGACAACUGACCAAAAUGUUAGCUACAUAGCUAGUGCUAUGUAAAUAGAAUAAAAUAAUCUCUCUGUUAAUGUAACUCGAUCGCUGUUGUCUCUCGCUCUCGCUGUCUUCCGCUGUCGCUGUUAGAUCACCAGAAGUUUUGACCGGAAAUACUGGCCCACACACUGAAGCUCUAACAUCAGCGGUCGCCAUAUUGUGCAAGGAGCGAAUUGCCAGUAGGUAACACUGAUUGUCCAGUUUAUUAUUUAUACCGCAAAUCCCAUAACAUCCCCUGAUAUCCACUCCAAUGACUCCAAUUCACUGUGUGCUUCUUUGGGCAGGUUGCACUCUCUUUUGCUAUUGUUGUUGUUUUGUAAUGUUUCUCUCGGGGGGGGGGGGGGGGGGGGUGCCAAACCAGGAGGUGUACGACUGUCAGCCCUUCAGUGAACUGUGUACCAGAGCAGACCUGAUUCUGUCCUCUUCUUCUAAGCCUCAAGAAAUGAAAACUUCCUUUUGUUCCGUUGGGACAUGGUAAGAGUUUUUUUUUUUUUUUUUUAAUGAAUAUUUCUUUCUCCCGUUAAAUAUAUUGUUUGAAAAAUCGAUGGUGGAUGGCUCCUUGGUAUCCUGAUAGUGUAGGUGCAUAUUUUGUGUUUACACCUAUUUAGCCAGCUUAUUUAUUUUUGUUAUCAUUUUUUUUAUAAUCUUUAAAUGUCAGUGUAAGGUUCAGUGUGCCUGUUCUUGAGUCAGACUGGGGUCAGGGUGACUGUGUUGCAUGGAUAAUGUGAGAUACCUGAUGUGUUCUUGUUGAGCUGAACAGGAUCAAAAGGACCUCAGAGCUCCUCUUUCCUCACUUCAUUUUAUUCUGUGUGUCUGAUUUUACUUUUUUUACUUUGUUUUCUGUCAAUUGGUUCAUUUAUUUUAUCGUAUGAUGGUAUUUUGCCAUAGAAACUGCAUCUGUGAAACCCACACGUAGUAUGUUAAUGUACCAAAAAUAUCAUUACAAGGAUGUUUUUUUAUGCUAUUUUUACUAUGUUACAUCUGUUAGUUUGUAUUUCAUUUUUCUACUAAAAUGCCAGCAUCCCACCUCAAUAUAACAACAUCCAUCAACACUAGAGGCUUUUUAAACACAGAGUAUUGUCGAGAAUCUAACUCGGUAUUGUCACCCAAUAAAGAGAGGAGGGAGAGAAUCAUGCGUCAUGUUUAA